GAGGUUGCAGUGAGCUGGGAUCACGCCAGUGCACUCCAGUCUGGGCUGUAGAGCGAGACUCUCAAAACAAAACAUCACUCUGGCAGCACUGUAGAGAAUGAACUGGUAGGGGCAAGACUAUUUGGAGACUUGCAAUAAUAUUUCAGGCAAAAUAUGAGGAAAGCUUAAACGAGGGCAAUGAAUGAAGGCUGGAGAGAACAUGGGUUUGAGGACGUUUAAGGAGAUAGCAUCUGCAUACUUGGUUGCCAUUUGAGUGAAGUGAAAGGAGAAGUGGUAUCGAAAAUGUUGUUUGGUGUGCUUCGCUUGGAGAUAAUUAAUUCGAAGUGAUGCCUGCUGUAACAGGUGUGCACAGUGCUGUAGAGGCUGCUUACAGUUCAGCUUAGGGCUGGUUGGAAGUAACAUGUGAGUCCUGAAGUCAUUCGGUCUAGGGGUCAUUGUCCUAAACAGAGAAGAUAGGAAGGAAUAGGAGCUGAGCAUUUAGAGGUAUUCUUCUUUGUGGUUUAAUAUUAUACCCAUGGGUCAUCCUCAAAAGAUGUGCCCUUAUUUGCCCGGGGACUUUCAGAAACCCCGCUACCUUCCGACCCCGCGGAACGCUCCGAGGGGAAGCGUCGCUAGGCCACCAGAGGGCGCCAGGCGGGCCGCAGCGACUCCAGAGUCGCGUUAUGGCCGCUGUGCGGGUGCAGCUGCUCCUGUCUGGGCGUCCGGAGUCGGUGAGCUUCGCACGGAGUGUGUGUGGCCUCCUGGGAGCCGGGCCAGGGCUCGGGCCGUGGCCCAUUCACUGCAGCUUGAAGCGAGGACGGCUUGUCCUCUCGAGCAGGCCCUUCCCAGGCGCCUCCGCUACUCUUCCGCUCCAGGUCGGCAGAAGGGGGCCCCAGAGGGGGGGCAGUGAAGGGCCGAAGAUGGGGACUGAAAUCGGGUGGGAACUGGCGGCGAGGACCCUGCCUCCAACGCGCGGUGUAGCCCCAUUUUUGAAAGUCACGCCCACCCAGUGCCGCCCUUCUGAAGCCUUAACCCAGCUGGCUUCCUUCUGCCAGCGACCCCCUUUCUGCCCUUUUGCGGCCCUGGACGAGCGGCCCAGGGUCCCUGGGGCUGAGCUGCCCACAGAUCGAGGUGUGGACCUGGGUGUGGCCGUCAUUCUGCAGUCCAGCGACAAGACUGUCUUGCUAACCAGAAGGGCACGCACCCUCAGCGUUUCCCCCAACCUCUGGGUACCCCCGGGUGGGCACGUGGAACUUCAGGAGGAGCUGCUGGACGGAGGGCUUCGAGAACUUUGGGAGGAGACUGGACUACACCUGCCCCAGGGACAGUUCUCUUGGGUCCCUCUGGGUUUAUGGGAGUCUGCCUACCCUCCUAGGCUGAGCUGGGGUUUACCCAAAUACCAUCACAUUGUUCUGUAUCUACUCGUGAUCUCCCAGGAAUCACAGCAGCAGUUGCAGGCCCGGAUCCAACCAAACCCAAGUGAGGUGAGCGCCCUUACGUGGCUGACACCAGAUGUAGCUGCUGCAGUGGCUGCCACAGAGGAUGGGACAGAGACACCCAGACUUCUCCCCCAGGACCUACCACCCUCUGUCCUUGCAGUGGAACUAGAGGAGGAUGGAAGAGCCCGACCUCUGGUCCUGCCCAUGUCCACCCUCCUGCGGAUGAUCCCAACCAUGGCAGAGGGCAAAGAGAGAGUCAGCACUGGAACCAAGUUUGCCCUCAAGCUCUGGCUGCAACAUCUGGGCAGAACACCCCCACCGUGUAAAAGUGCAACUCACCUGGACCCAGGGCCAGCAAAGGAAGAAUGGAACAUGGACCCUCUUCCCCCAAACCAGGGGUCUGGAAAGUGAAGUGUAAAAUCCCCUCCCUAGCCCAUCUCCAUGACACUCACAGAACAUUCACAAUCUUUAUUAUGGGUGAGAGCUUCACUACAACUUUAGAAAUAAAAAGUAAAAUUACAACAUAGGUCCUAGGCCUUGGCGAGCCUGAAAAAGAAGAUUGGGAAGGAGGGCACAGGGUCCUUCCACCUCCCUGGAAAGGUGCAGAAUGAGCCAGGCCUAACCACAGGGCCAUGAGCCUCUAGAAGCUUAGGGUGGAAUAAGAAACACUGUGAACUUAAAUAUAUAAAUAGAGAGAGACCCAAGCAAUAGGCCGGGCCUGACUCCCAAACCCCUGGGGAUCAUGGCUAAGGCCUUACAUCCUCCUCUGUCAUACUGGAGUAGGAGGCAGGGGAAGUCAUCUUUGGAGUAUUUUGGUUUUUCUUAUUUAUGUACAAAAAAGUCCACAUCCACAAUCCAAAAUAAAGUUCUCUGUCCAUCUCUGAAA